AUGUACAAUGAUUCAAAGAGUCAGGAAGAAGUGACGAAAAACAACACAAUCGAUUACGAUUAUUACAUAGAUGAAAAUCUAGAAAGUAAUGAUAAAGAUGAGUAUGAGUAUGAUUACGAGGAACCCGAAAUAAGUACUUAUUGGUAUGAUUAUUACGAAGAAAAAAUUACAACAUUCACUACGGCAUUAACGACAAUCGAUUUAGAACAAUUACAAACCGAAGUAACUUAUACUUUAACGAGUGAAGAAAUUGAUGUUACUCCUUUUGUUACAUUAUUAUCAAUAAUUGAAACUAUGCGGACUACAGAAUUAAGAGAGCCAACUUUGAGUUUUGCGGUCACAGAAGCAUCAUCAUUUGUAACUACGAUAUCUAUUAUCGAAUCAACAACAACAGAAAUUAUGGAAACGUCGUUACCUGGAGUGACUACAAAAUUUACAAUUUAUACUAGUAUUUCACCUAGUACAACUUCAGAAAGCACAACAGAAGCGACAAGUAUGACAAUGGAGUACAAAAGUACUCUGAUAUCUAUUACAGAAGUUACAAUCAUGGAGACAUUACCGUUUUUAACUGUCGAGGAAAUGACAACAUGGAUAGAAAAUAUAACAGAAUCAUCAUUAUUUGAGGAAACAGAAUUAAUGAUUACGUAUGAUACAAUAACUUCUGUUACAACGCAAUCCACGAUGACAUUUGAAACGUCGAUAAUUACUCCUAUUACUAUUACGGAAAGUGUAAAUACUACAGAGUUUAUAGAAGAAACAGAAGAAAGCGAGAUAAUUACAACAAUCACUUUUACAUCUCCGUAUACAAUGGAGACGUAUUCAAAUAUAACUGAUAUAAAAAUAUCGGAUUUUACAAGCCCGACAGAAAUAUUAUUUUUUAUGAGUACUAUAACAGAAUAUGAAACAAUAGAGUUUACAGAAACGAUUAGUUCUGUUUCCUUAGAAAGUACAACGUUAUCAAUGAAAGAAGAAGAAGAGGCUGAUUUAUUUACAACAGAAAUAAUUUAUACUACGUUUACCAUUACUCCUGAAAUUACAACGACGGAAAUAAUUAUAAAUAUAACGACAGUAGAAGAAGUGCCAAUAACUACAGAGAUCCCAACUUCAACCGAAACCACAUAUACUUAUAUAGUUUCAUCUUUAGAAACAUCAAUAGCUACAACAGAAAGUGAAACUUACGUUUUCGAAACAACAUUGGCAACAUUCGUUACUUAUUAUGUUGAUAGGACAGUUCCUAAAAUAUUAGAAACAACUAUUCCAUUGUCUUUUACAAUAUCAACGGAAAUUACCACGUUAACAGAAGAAAUUUUGGAACCGUCAAGCACAACAACAUUAUCAACUUUAUCAAUCACUGAAGAAAGUACAUCUCCAGCUUUCAAAACUAUAUUUAUUUCUUCAAUAGAAACCACAUAUAGUUUUACAGUUUUUUCUUUACAGACCUCUGCAAUAACGGAAAGUAAAACUUAUGUUUUCGUAACAACAUCGGCAACACUUGAUACUUAUUAUGCUGAUCAAAUAUUAGAGACUACUGUUUCAUUACCUUCUACAAUGUUAACGGAAAUUAUUACAAUAACGGAAGAAAUUUUGGAACCGACAGGCACAACGCUAUCAACUUUAACAGAGUUUAGUCCAUUUUCCGAAAGUAUGUCCCUUUCACCAUUAUCAGAAAUGUAUACAUUACCUACGUCUACUUACUCGGUAAGAUAUACCGAAUUGGAAGAAGAAAUAAGCACAAUAGUCGAACUAAUUUCGCAACUUUUUACUUCUACUUUUUUGACAUCUCAAGAAAUUACAUUGCUAGAUUUCGAAAUUACAAUUAUUCCAUCGAUAGAAAUUACAUCUACUACCUUGGAGGAGGAAAUCUUUCCUUUAAUAACAACACCUGUAAUUGAUUUCACUCCUUACGAAAACACUUCGUUUACAUCUUUCUUUGAAACCUAUCCAUCAACACCUAUGUCAUUUUUGCAAACUGAUAUGAUAACUCGUACGUCAUCAGAAGCGACUACAACGGAAGAAAUUGUUCUAUUCUUACCACUUAGCACUACCAUCGAUAUAUUUAACAAAACAGAAUCUUUAAAAACAUUGAAAACAAUGUUCGAUAAGAAAAUGAAAACGGUAACAGAUAGUUCAGAAUAUGAAGAAUUCUAUGAUACAGAAUAUGGUAAAGAUUAUGAAGAAGCAUACGAGGAGGACAAAUAUGAAGAUGAAGAUAAAUCUAUCACAACCUGGUAUGAAUACGAAGAAGAAGAAGAAACGACUAUAUUCGAUCGAAAAACUACUUCGAAAUUUGAAACUACUGAGAUUAUUGAGAAGGAAACAAGCAAGAUCAUUGAGAAUAAAACUGUCCCGAUAGUUUCAUUGACUACAAAACCUAUCUUAACGGAAAUGAAAACAAUAACGAUGAUAAAAGAACUUGAAACAUCAACAACGAUUUCUGAAACCUUCAAAGAUUUCGAAAAAACAUCGACGACAACAUCUUCGGUUUCUACCAUCGAAGAGUUUACCCUAACUUCAGAUAAAAUAUUCACUUCCACAACAGAACACUUAGAAUGGUGGGCUGAUCAAAGCUCUCAUAAAAAACAUGAUCACACAUUAGGUAUGCUUGAAAUUGAAUCGGAAACCAAAUUGGAUAUAACCCUUCCGAAAUUUAUUGUCUCGCCAGAUGAAACAACACUAAAUAUAUCUUUGGUUACUGAAAUAGGAACGAUUACCCAGACUGAAAUAUUUCCAACAAUAACUGAUAGUAGUAUAUAUUUGGAAAUAGAUAUAACUACUGACUCUUUUGACGAAAAAAGUAAAUUAUUUGUUACUGAAAGCGAAGAGACGGAUUUAAAAUUAUAUUUUACAACACCUUCUGAUUUCGUGUCUUUAUUGACGACGGAUGAUUUUGACGUAGAAAGACGAAAUGGAUUUGAGGAAGAAACGAAGGAUGAAGUCACUCCAUUAUUUGAAACGAUUGAAGGAAGAACCACCGUUCAUUCUUUUGAAGAAGAUGAGGAUGAAAGAGUAUGA